ACGACUGAUUGCUCGCAGAGUCAGCGAGCGUCAGGAAUUGCCCGCCGCGCCCGUCAAUCUUGUAUAGUCCGCCAAUUGGAGAGCGUUUGUCUAUCAGAUUCCUCACCUACUCCAUGUCCCCGCCACUCUCGUGCAAUACGCAGGAUGGCAGGCCGCGUAGGAGCCUGAAGAUUGACUUGUAAGCUCUGUCCCAGUCUCACGGUCGGGUGCAGAAAGGGGCGUGUGACGGUGUCGCCGUGAAGAAGUCGUGAGUGCGUUGCGCGAACAAUUUGUGUUGUUCGUUGAGCUAUUCUCAUCAUUGGUGUGUAUUUUGGGCGCUUUGAUGCUUCAUAUGAAUCUCCUGUCGUCUGCACCUCGGUUUUCUGUUUUCUUUUUUUCUUCUCUCUCUCUCUGGAUACGUGUGGGACGCUUUGCUGAGUCUGCUGAACUAAGUUCAUUGCGCUGCACAGUUGAAGAAGUCAGUUCCCUUGCGAGGGGUGCUUGAAGUUUCGAGCAGCUGUUGUGUCUUAGUGGGAUUCUGGUAGUGUGUGUGUGGAGUGUUUAGGUUGGAGUAUGGUAUUUCAGAGUGGGGGAGGGAGGCGGUGUGGUAGAGGCUGCAGGUUUUCUUGGGUGAAGCUGUGUAGGCGAGAGGGUGAGAGAUAGUGCCAGUGCAUGAUGCAAGGGCUGGUGUUAGAAUGGGAGAGUGUGUCAGUAGGGGUGAUCCGCAGCCCAAUAGACGUAUCAGCAAUGUGGGGUAAGGGUGGUCGGAUGCUGGAAGCUCAGAGUCCAGGUGGGGGGAUAUGUGGAAAUGAUGGGCGGAUCAAAAGUAGCAAAGUACUUCAGUGGAAGCGUAGAGGGAGAAAGGGACUCUGUGGUGGUCAUUGUAACGCUGGAGCUCUGGUUAGGGUUAAUUCCUAUGAGCAAUGGCCUGGAAGGUGCGUUGCUGCAUGGAGCUCUGGAUCUGCGCGACACGACGAAGUGAAACAGGAGACAAUGGCAGAAGAACGAGAUUGCCGUAACGGGGAUGCCUCAAAAGCACCAUUAGCAUGCACGGAAGACGGCUCCAAUGGCUCCAUUUCUGGUUUGAUUCUACCGCCAUUGAUGACGAUUGGAAAGUCCACCAACAUUUUGUGGCAAGGAUGCAUGGUUAAGAGGGAGGAUCGGCAGCGUAUGUUAAACCAGAAGGGCUGUGUAAUCUGGAUCACAGGCCUCAGCGGGUCUGGGAAAUCAACCCUAGCGUGCACCUUGGACCACGCACUAUUGCAGAGAGGGAAAUUGAGCUACGUUCUAGACGGAGAUAAUGUUCGUCAUGGCUUGAACAACAAUCUGGGCUUUAGUGCAGAAGACCGCGCUGAGAACAUUCGCAGGGUAGGCGAAGUUGCCAAGUUAUUUGCCGACGCGGGGGUCAUAUGCAUUGCGAGCUUCAUCUCGCCCUACAAGAGGGACAGAGACGCAUGCAGAAAGCUCAUGGCUCCUGGAGACUUUAUUGAAGUGUACAUGGACGUGGCUUUGGACGUUUGUGAACAGAGAGAUUCUAAAGGUUUGUACAAACUUGCGCGUGCUGGUAAAAUCAAGGGCUUCACCGGUGUGGAUGAUCCCUAUGAGAGCCCCCAGGAACCUGAAAUUGUGAUGAAGGCAGUUAACGGAGUGUAUGCUACACCGCAAGAGAUGACAGUCCAAAUGUUAGCUUACUUGGAGGACAAUGGGUUUCUAACAGUCGGGAACAGGUUGAGGUGCUCUCAUUUUCCAAUCUGCUGGUGAAGAUUCAAAUCUUCUGUGAGUUGCACUUCGAAUUUCCCUGUGUGCACCAUUUUACUCUGUUUGGAGGGUCAUUUUUAUCUUCAGGCAUGAAUCAUGAAGAAAUUGCAUGUUGACUUGUUAUGGAAGGAUUCAAUUUACGCACAAGAUUUUCAUUUGAAGUCAGGAAUAGGGCACACGUAUACAUAUCAGCUACGAGGUUAUAGAGAGGUCUAAAGAUUCUUCCAGACAAGGACUGCGAUGUCCCUGGCUGUGAUUUAUUGUAUAAAAUUAUUGUAUAUUAUUCAAUUGCUAUCAUUUUUGGAAAGCUAUUUUGGUUGACAAUGCCUAGUCGUCCCAUUUGCUUGCUUCGAAGCAAGGUUUAGUUCCUGAAUUCAAUCUGACGUUAUGUUACGGACUCAUAUUACUGAAGGACGUUCCUUCGCUGUGGACGAGAAAUCAAAUGCAUUGUGCCCUCAUUAGCAGGUUGUAUACUGAGGGUUAGAGAGAUGUUUAGAAUCUUUGGUUAUCUACUUGUUUUUAGAUUGGGACAACAUGUAGGAUUAUAUGGAAUCCAUCUGUUCAUGGUAAAGCUCUCAUGUACCAACUUAACUUAUGUUUGAUUUACUGACAUCUUAAGGUUUACAGGCACUAGAAAAAUAUGUAAGCAGCAACGAAGGAUUGAUUCGCCAGUGAACAUGGAAACAACGCGCGACAUGGAUGGCUUCAUGGAUGCCACGGAUUGUGUGCACAGCAAAGCAAUUUCGAUGACUCUUAUCACUUCCUCCUCCGGAAGUGGCUGCGUCUCCAUCAAUGAGGGGUCUAGGACAGCCAAAAUGUUCCCUUCUUCGUGCAACGUCCACGUCUGCAUCCGAGAGGAAGUACAAACAAUUAUACAGGAUUACGCGAGGAACCUCAUCUGCGCUUACGGGGAUUGUGGGAAGCAUGUGUGAAGCAAUGCCGCAACGUUCCAUAACGGCAGGUAACGGGACUCCAUUCACGUAGUGUGGUCAAACCUACCCAGUCCAGAAGGUAAGCUUCCUCUGGGCGCAAACGAGAUUUAAAAUUACUCCGGCCGCUUACGACCUCCAACGCCACGAUCCCGAAGCUAAAAACAUCAGCCUUUUCCGUCAACUGCCCUCGCAUUGCAUACUCAGGUGCUAGAUAACCGCUGCAGACCACCACCUUUAAGUCAGUUACCUAAAAUGGAUAGGUGGGUUAGACAGUCUCAGUAAUCAACUUUCUUAUCAUAACACAUGCACCUUUAGUGUAAAACAAUCUAUGCUUGCAGUCGCUCUUCUAUACUCCAGAGAAAACUGCCGUUGAUUUGUGCUUGUAUUCCACAAAACUAGGUAGGUUCGGUAGUUUCUUACACAGUUCCAGCAACGCAUGUGCUGACAUGGCUCUGGUCUUCACGGAACCAGCGGGCUAAUCCAAAGUCAGCAAUCUUCGGGUUGAGGUCCUUGUCCAGAAGGAUGUUGCUGCUUUUGAUGUCACGGUGGACAAUGCGGGUUUGGCAGCCCUCAUGCAAGGACCUUCAAAUUGCAUCAAGCAGGGGAGGAAGUUACCGAAUAAGGCUUGGUGUAAGCUCUUGUUCUCCAGAUAUUCGUACACAAGCAGCCGUUCGUGAUCCUUGAGACAACAGCCACGAAGCUUGACGAGGUUCCGAUGCUGCACUCUAUUGAUGAGCGUGACCUCGUUCAGAAACUCCUUGUUACCUUGCCUCGAUUUUGUGGACAGCUGCUUCACGGCUACCUCUGAUCCGUCUUGCAAGACGCCCUGGACAACCAUGUGCAUCUCAUUUUCUCAAGUGGUUCACUAGUAGAGAAAACAUCGUGUUUGGCUACGGUGUUGAGAUACAAGGUUUUCAUUUUUGCAUCAGAAGGUUACCUUGUAGACCACGCCAAAUCCGCCUUCGCCAAGCUUGCUGUUGAUAUGGAAGUUCUUAGUGGCCCCCUUAAGUUCUUUGUAAGCAAAUAGCGUUGGUCGUCUUUCGAUUCGCAUAAUCUCUGUAGCAGUCAGACUAUCCAAUGAGAUGAUGGCGAACCGAUCAAGUGCUACUAUUUAGCUAUCUUCAACAGAAGCACCGAUCAUGUCCCCUCGAGGACUGCAGUUGAUGCUACAGACUAUGUUCUAAGUGCAACAAAAUAGUUAGUAUGUUAACGUUAACCAAGA